AAAUAUAUUUACUUUAAAUGCAAUGGAUACUUAUAUAAGAUAAACAAAUGAGACCGUUGUAGAUUACUAUAAUAAUGGGAAAGAUGCAGUCUCAAAGGAAUAGAUUGGUACUCAUUGUGAUGCAAAAUUUAAAGUGAAAGAAGCUGAGGGUUGGUCACGAACAGCGAGAAAUAUAGAGGUGUUCUGAUUGGCUCAUUCCGGAGAACUCUCGCUACGCUGGGGGAGACAUGCGAGUUGAGACAGUGUUGUCAGUGAAGAGAGGACGAGCGAAUGCUUUGUGGAUAUGUGUGUCAGAUACUGUGGAUAUAAGUUUCUACUCUGGAUUUUCUUACCAUAUAUCAAAGCCACGUCAGAUUUGACUAUUCCCCAAUUUACUACAGAACCUCCAAAUAUUGUGCAUUUUUAUAAUACUACAGGAACAGUUGUCCCCUGUUCUGGUAAAGGGGUACCUCAACCUUUAGUACAUUGGACUAAACAAGAUGGUAGUAUCGUCCAGGAUGUAACUGGUCUCCGACACGUGAGACCUGAUGGCACACUUGUUUUCCCGCCAUUUCGAAGUGAGAGUUAUCGUCAGGAUGUUCAUGCAAGUAUGUACAGGUGCAUCAUAUCAAACACAUUGGGGUCUGUGGCUAGUAGAGAUGUUACCGUUAGAGCAGUAAUGCACGUAACAUAUGACAUUCGAACUUAUGACGAUUUUGUUGUAAGAGGAAAUACAGCAUUACUCAAAUGCUAUAUUGCUGCAUCCGUCAAAGACUUUGUAACUGUAGUAGCAUGGGAGACAGAUGAUUCUAUAACAAUAGCAAAAGGAGUUACAGAAGGAAAGUAUCGAGUGACGUUUGAUGGUGCCUUGCUUAUUAAUGAUUCAAACUUGACAGAUGCCAGAAGAAGAUAUCGUUGUGUUUGCAGGGAUGAUUUGGAUCAUGAAACCAUUUCUAGUCACACGUGGGGUCAAUUAAUUGUCACGGAACCUACCAGUACACUCUCGCCAACAAUCACUGGAACAGGAAGAGAUGUUAAAGCAACAGUUGGUCAAUAUAUUGAGAUUCCAUGCGUUGCCAAAGGAUAUCCUGUGCCAAGUUACACCUGGUAUAAAGAAGACGGAAGCAGACUUAUUCCUAUCAGUUAUGAUCAACGUUUCAAGCAAAUGAAAGGCAGUUUAGUUAUUGAAAGAGCCACUAUUUAUGACAGUGGUACAUAUUUGUGUAUAGCAAAUAAUUCUAUUGGAGAGAAUAGAGCACAGUUCAAAGUUUCCAUAACAGAACGACUUUCUGUAAGCAUAUAUCCAACAAUGGUGAAAGCGAAAGAAGGUACUUCACAAACCUUUAACUGUACAACCAACAGAAGAAAUGCCACUUAUUUUUGGAGAAAAAAUUUACAAUUACUGAGUACUUCCAGUAGAGUUAGGUUUACGACAUUAGGAACAUUAAGAAUUUCACCCAUACAAAGAGAAGAUAAAGGAAUUUAUCAAUGUUUUGUAUACAACAACGAAGAAUCUGCUCAGGCAUCAGCUUUGCUAUCUCUUGAGGAGGAUCAGCCUGAAUUUAGAGAAGUCUUUUCGGAACACACAUACCACCCUGGAUACCGAAUUUCCAUGAAAUGUGCAGUGACUGGUAAUCCUCUACCUCAAGUGGCUUGGUUUCACUAUAGCAAACUUGUCACCGAGGAUGGAGGUCUUCGUAUUGGAGAUUUUGUUGACUCUCAAGGUAUCCUUACAAGCUUCAUCAACAUCACUUCAGCUACUAUUGAAAACGGCGGAAUGUACACAUGUAACGCUACAAACGAAGUCGGAAGCGUCAGUCACAGUGCAAGAAUAAUGAUAUUUGGUCCACCUUUUGUCAAUCCCAUGAAUAACAUUACCGUAGUCGCAGGAGAUAAUGUAGCUAUCAAUUGUCCAUAUAGUGGAUAUCCUAUAAAAUCUGUUGUUUGGAAAAAAGAUAAUUAUCUUGCCGCUGAUCAACGUGCGAAAGAUUUUGGAAAUGGUACACUUUUUAUACCACAGCAUUCAAAAUCUGACGAGGGCUGGUAUCAUUGUGAAGUUUCGAACAAGAAAGGAGAAACAUCGGUUGGUUCUGUGUACAUUAAAGUAACAGAAAGACCUGUCAUCAACCCUUUCUUAUUUGGAGAUGACCUCAGGGAAGGAAUGAGAACAAUGGUUGUGUGUAGUGUUCUGACUGGAGAGCCGCCAAUCACUAUUGAAUGGUUCAAAGACAAUCACCCUCUGUCACCAGCAAACUGGGAUAUUCAACUUGCAUCUCUGGGCGAAUUUACAUCUUCGUUAACAAUAGCAAAUGUAACAAGACAUCAUGCGGGAAAUUAUACCUGUCGAGCGACAUCUGGUACUGCUAGAACAUCUUAUACGACUUAUAUGGCUGUAAGAGCCAGUCCAAAAUGGAUGAAGCAACCUAAAGACCUUUCUGUCAUUGCUGGUCACAGAGCCGUUUUUAUUUGUCAAGCUGAUGGCAUCCCUGAUCCUGUGCACAGAUGGAAAUUCAGUUCAGGUAAAAGAAUAAAAGCCAACACGGAAUUUAAAAGCGUGGUCAGUAGUUCUCAUAUGUAUGUUUUGGAAAACGGUUCCUUAGUAAUCGCCGACGUUCAAAAAUCUGAUGAAGGAUUAUAUUUAUGUGAAGCAAGCAACGGAGUUGGUUCUACUUUAUCAAAGGUAGUCAGACUGACAGUUAAAGUGCCACCGUAUUUUGAGCAAAAUUUUGAAAUGAAAACAGUGAAAGAAAAACAAGAUAUUAAACUGGUUUGUGUUGCAUAUGGAGAAAAGCCUUUGACUAUAUCAUGGAGAAGACACCAGAGACCAAUUGAUCGCGGUAUAACAUCGAGGUAUAUUAUACAUGAUACCAUUCUACCGGAUGGAAUUAAAUCUCAGUUGCAGAUAACAUCUGCCGAGAAAUCAGACUCUGGUAUAUUUACUUGCGAAGCACAAAAUCAAUACGGUAAAGAAGAAAGAAGUAUACAAAUAACCGUACAAGCACCACCCGAUGCUCCUUAUAACAUUCAAGUUCUUCAAGUUACUAGCCGUAUGAUAACUCUCUCUUGGGCUACACCACUCAUCUGGAAUAGUCCUCUGACAGGAUAUAUUGUUAUCUACAAUAACACAGCAAAAUCUCCUGAUAAAUUUGAAACAGUUAAAAUACCUCCAACUGAUAAUAAAGUUAUUUUAACCAGUUUAACUCCAGGUACUAUGUAUUUAGUUCGAAUAUAUUCUGAAAAUAUGUUUGGUAGAAGUGAAGCUAGCGACGAUAUCAUAGCAACAACAGAAGAGGAAGCUCCGAUGAUGCCUCCUACUGAUGUAAAGGGUAUUGCUACUGCAUCUGAUGUGAUCAAAGUGACAUGGAAGCCACCCCCUGUGUCACCUCAUCAAGGAGAAAUUAUGGGAUAUUAUGUUGGUUAUAAGGACUUAAGUUCUUCGGAUCCAUUUGUGUAUAAAACAGUUGAAAUUGGAAAAGAUGUCGAAGGAGAAGUUUCUUUAAGCAAUUUAAACAGAUUUACAAAAUAUGUAAUAACAGUUCAAGCAUUUAAUAGUAAAGGAGCAGGGCCAAGUUCUAAAGAGAUCAUCAUUCAAACCCUGGAACAUGAUCCACCGAAAUCUCCAACUUUAAAGGUCGUUUCAAGAACUUCAUCAUCUUUAGAACUACAAUGGGACGAAGAUAUCGAAAAGUAUAGCCCUGUAACAGGCUAUAUUCUUCAUCACAGAAACGAUUUAGGAGAUUUGGAAGAAACCCACAUUUCUCAAAAGAAAACUCGACACACAGUAACUAAUCUUCGAUGUGGUACAAGCUACCAAUUCACUCUGACAGCUUUCAAUAACGCUGGAAGAGGGGAGCCUAGUGAUGUCAUCAGUGCCAGGACAACCGGUGGAGAGCCUGUAGCUCCAGACAAAUCAUCCCUUCUUGUAGUGAAUUCAACGUUUCUUCAGGUUCGUUUAUCAUCCUGGAAUGAUGGUGGCUGUCCUAUAUUGUUCUUCGUUGUUCAAUACAAGUCCCAGCAACAGAAAGAAUGGAUCUUACUUUCAAACAAUAUCGUUCCCGAACAACAUUCUGUAACUAUAUCAGAUCUCAAUUCAGGAACGUGGUACGAGUUACUCAUGUCAGCUCACAAUGAUGCUGGAUCCACUGACGCAGAGUACAAAUUUGCAACUUUAACACUAACUGGAGGUACAGUUCCACCACUGGAUGUGUCAACUAGUGGAUCUCUGCUUUUACUAACAGAUCCAGCAGUUCUUGUCCCAAUUAUCUGCGCAAUUGUUGUAGUAGUAGUAAUUACAAUUGUGGUUGCUGUUGUAAUAGUUCUGAGACGAAAAGAUACACCUUCAGAAUGUCGUUCACAAGCUUAUUCAGGUAGUUCCGGUGGUAAAGGUGAAAAUCUAUCCAUGAGUUCCUAUGGCAAAGUAAAGCGAAGUGAUCAAUCAGAUGAUAAUCAGAGAGAACCGCUUUAUUAUCCAACUCCAUAUGCAACUACCCAGUUGGCAUCAUAUGCCGAAAGUCCAAAUGUUGUAACUCAUAGUAAUACCAUUAGAAGACAUGGAAGGCAAAGAAGGGAUCAUGAAUAUGACAUACCUCAUCGAAUCACGCAGGUUGAAGACUACACAUCAUACGCAAAGCUCUGGACACAAUCGCGAAGUGGACAGAUGUCUAGAAACAUUGAAUCUCAUCCUGGAAUUUCAUCAAAUUCUUGUCUUUCCGAUAAUAUAAGCUGGUCUGCUAUACAUUCGAGGAAUUCUAAAAUGUUUAAACCUGACAGUUAUUCUGCCGUAGAAAGCGAUAUAGAAGACCUAGGGGUGCUAGCAUCUCCACCAACAGAUAGUGUUGAGGAGUUGUCGGAAACUGAAUGCGAUAGACAUCAAGAGGUUUGGACAAGAACAGAUUUUCAUUCACGAGGGGACCAACUGAUUCGUCAAAUGGCACACGUAUAUUAAACUGCCCAAAAAUUGCUGUAUAAUUUAAAUACAACAGCGACAAAGAACUUCCAGGAGAAUCUUACGACGAUUCGUUCCUUUCCACAGGAAAAAAGUGGUGUAAAAACGUAAACUACGUACAUUAAAUGAAUAAAAUAUAAUUCUUGUUAUGACGUUAUGGAGGAAAAAAUCAUAAAUAAAAAAUAAACAAAAAUGAAGGUUGUAAACCGAGUUAUGUUGUCAAAGAUAAUGUUUUUCAAUUAUUUAAGUACGUUGUGAAACUACAAUUCAUCUGAAAUCAGAUAAUAUAAUCUAUAUUUGGCAACUGGCAGUUUUAAUUCUGAAACGAUGCCAGACAUGAACUCAUCAGUCAAUCAAAAAAAAAUGAAGGAGGGGAAUAGAAAAAAAAAAGUUAAUAUUCAUACGUAUAAAUUAUUUCAAUGAAUAAUAGAUUCUUAUCAGUUAAGUCUAAAAUAGAACUUUAGAAUUAGUCCAGGUUGUAGAGAUUUUAAUAUGUUGACCUAUUUAAAAUCUGAUUUCAGAUGAAGUGCAUAAUAAUGUGGCCAUUUUGUGUUCAGUCCACCAAGUGAAUAAAUAUUGUUUGUCUGUUUAUAUUUUAAAUGUGUUUGUCCUCUUUUUUUAGUCUCAAUGUUUACUCGAUAUAUUCACCAAAAUAAUAUUAAUAUUCUUA